CGUCACACGCAGGUUGUUGUUCUAGAUGUAGCGCGCGUGCCUCCUGCCUAUUGCCUCCUAUCUGGGAGAGCGGCCGCACGGACUUAGCCGACGCGGAAAAUGGUGAUCGUUUGGAAACGCAGACUGGACGUCAUCGUUUGUCCUUCAAGUCCAUUAGGUCCAGCUCUGGUGCCUCUGGUCUUAUUGCCCUGCCGUCUGCCAGCAGUACCUUUGAAGUAGGUGCAAAUGCCAAGCACUUAAAACACCGCACAGACGAGUCUGCUACCUCUCACAGGACAGUGAGAAAUUCGGAUUGCCAUGGGAAACCAACUGACAGAGAUUGCUCCCAACACACCAUUCCUGCCAAACUUCCAGUGUCUGCAUGUGGUGGUCAUCGGGUUGGACUCAGCUGGUAAAACCUCCCUUCUUUACAGACUCAAGCUGAAGGAGUUUGUGAAGACCAUUCCUACCAAAGGCUUUAACACGGAGAAGAUCAAAGUGCCUGUGGGCAAUGGCCGAGCCAUUACUUUCCAGGUGUGGGACGUGGGUGGUCAGGAUAAGCUGCGGCCGUUGUGGAAGUCGUACACACGGCGCACGGACGGCAUGGUCUUCGUAGUUGACUCCACUGAAGCUGAGCGCAUGGAGGAGGCCAAGGUGGAGCUGCACAAGAUCACACGCACGUCAGAGAACCAGGGUGUGCCGGUUCUCGUGUUGGCUAACAAACAGGAUCUUCCGGUUGCGUUGGCUGUCAGUGAGGUGGAGAAGGUUUUGGCUGUGCAUGAACUGAGUGCCAACACCCUUCAUCAUGUGCAGGGCUGCAGUGCUGUGGAUGGCCAAGGUCUUCAGCCAGGACUAGAGAAACUGUAUGAGAUGAUCCUCAAAAGGAAAAAAAUGGUGAGGCACAGCAAGAAAAAGAGAUGAGCUUAGGGAUCCUUUCAGGACACUGAUAUGUCACUUGUGCACCUCCACAAUGGUCUUGAUAUUUUUGCAGGAUUUUGCAGCGAAUCUCUAAACAAAGGAAUCGCUCCAGAUGGCCAUUGGGGUCAGGAGAAAAUGGAUUUGACCUUUAUGUGUCACACAGUAUUGAACUGCUUUCUUCUAUACUUAGUAUUUGCUGGGCAGCUGCCCUUUGUAUCUGAGGAAUCUGCAAUAGAUCUGAUAGGCUGUAGUAUCAACAGAAUUUAAGCCUAUAAAGCCUAUGCCUUUUGUUCAUAUGUGUGUCCUCCAGGAAGGGAAAGCCUUGCGGACCAUAGCUUGGCAACACCUUGAUUUUCUUUCAGCGACACCUCACAAAAACGCCUUUUAUUUCAGUUUUCUUAGACGGAUUGCCAGUGCUGAUAGAAUAAGACAGUAUAUAAAUGUUUAUGUUAAGCUAGUUGUGGAAGUAACUUUGGAAAUUAAACCUGUUCACACUUAAGGCAAGUUUUAGUUGGGAAACCUGUUUGUUUUCACAUGUUGUAAAUAUAAUUGUUUUUUUUGUAAUGCUAAGGAAUGAAUAAAUUAUAGAUGACUUUGACACAAAUUAAGCAUAAAAACAUCUCUUAAUUUAGUUAAUGGAAAAAUGUUUGUUUGGACUUCCAGGAAGGACCAUUUAGGACACCAGUUUCAGUCUGAGGGAUUAGAAAUAUGGAGCACCUAGCUAGAAGGCAAUCCAGCAAGACCAGAGCCUUCUCCUUGCAUAUUGCUUUGUUGGAGAAUCAAUAGGCCUUUGAUAUUCAGAGGUAUCAAAUGUAUCAGAGUUUCAUUUGCUGUGCACUGCCUUCAGCUAGGAAUUUUACCCUGUUUAACAUAUCUACUAGAUUAGAACGUACAUAGAGCUGUGUCCUUGGGUGAUGAAACAUUACACCAAAAUAGCAGUCGUCAUAAACCUAUUUAUAGAUGCAGCGCUUGUGAUGAUGUCACUGCUGGCCUGUGAGCGUGUUCUGAAAGAAUGCUUCAUUUGGCGAAGAAAUGAUGUCCAACUGGAGACCUUGUUAAACUAAACACAGCAAAAUAUUUAACUUGUACAGAAUUUACAACCCAAUAAAGCAUAUCCAAUACACUAA